AAUCACUCCCCACAGUUCCCUUCCCUUCCAUGUAUGGCAAGUGGAAACCAGUUCCUGCAGAUCUCAUCCUCAUCUGGGUCUCUUUCUGGAGAUACAUUUUUGUUGGGUAACAUGUCGUGCGACACCCGAACGAAAGCGAAGCGAUUUCUAUUCACAUCUGAGUCCGUUUCUGAAGGACAUUCAGAUAAAAUGUGUGACCAGAUCAGUGAUGCUGUUCUUGAUGCUCAUAUGAAGGUUGAUCCAGAUGCCAAGGUUGCUUGUGAAUGUGUGGCCAAAACUGGGAUGAUCUUGCUGUGUGGUGAAAUUACUUCCAAAGCCAUCGUUGAUUACCAGCAAAUAGUGAGAGACACCAUCAAGAAGAUUGGUUAUGAUGACUCUUCCAAAGGAUUAGAUUACAAGACGUGCACUGUGUUGGUAGCUCUGGAACAGCAAUGCCAGGAAAUCAAGCAUGCCAUCUCCUCUGGGCCGAGCGGCGAAGAUAUUGCAGCUGGAGACCAGGGCUUGAUGUUUGGUUAUGCCACCGAUGAGACCGACGAGUGCAUGCCCAUGACGAUCCUGCUUGCCCAUAAAAUCAAUGCAAAGAUGAAGUCUCUGGCGAGGAAUGGGACUUUGCCUUGGGUUAGACCGGAUGGGAAAACGCAGGUCACAAUGGAAUACUGCGAUACUGGUGGUGCAUUAGAGCCAAUCCGGGUGCACACCUUGGUCAUUUCUGUACAGCAUGCACCUGGGGUGCCAUUAGAGCAAAUACAGAAAGAGCUGAUGGACAGAGUUGUGAAAGAAGUGAUCCCUGCAAAAUACCUGGAUGAGAACACCACCUAUCACCUCCUGCCAAGUAAAGCAUUUAUCCAAGGUGGUCCUAAGAGUGAUGCUGGCUUGACUGGUAGAAAGAUAAUUGUGGAUACCUAUGGAGGCUGGGGAGCUCAUGGAGGGGGGGCUUUUUCAGGGAAAGACCCCUCUAAAGUUGAUCGCUCAGCAGCGUAUGCAGCCCGCUGGGUGGCGAAGUCCUUGGUGAAGGCGGGCCUCUGCCGGAGAGUAUUGGUCCAGCUGUCUUAUUCCAUUGGACUGAGUCACCCUUUGGCCAUCUCAGUGUUCCAUUAUGGUACUUCGGACAGAUCAGAAGAUGAGCUGCUUGAUGUCAUUCAGAAGAACUUUGAUCUUCGUGUUGGGUCUAUCAUAAGGGAGCUGAACUUGAAGCGUCCCAUUUAUCAACAGACUGCAUGCUAUGGGCAUUUUGGAAGAGAAGGAUUUACAUGGGAGCAACCAAAAAAACUACUUUAUUAGACCUGUUUGGGCAUUAAGGUUUUUUUUAAAAAAAGCCAAUUGAAUCUAGACUGUCAGAGGAACAAAUUGCGAAGCUAUAGGGCAUUUUGUAAGGCAAACGUUUAAAAACAAUUUAAUUACUUUUUUGGGGUGGUGGUGCUCAACCCUAAUGUAUUUUCAUUAAGGUAAUGUCUUGAAAUUAAAAUAACGUUUGUUGCAUUUGUACAGUGAAGCGUGCUUGAAAUACAUUCCCAUGGGUGGAAAAAUAGCUUGUGGGGAGUCUUAAUAGGCAAAGAUUAUGUGUAGGGAAAAGGUUAGACACCACUUUUGCAGUUAAGUUCAUAGGCAUAUAUGCUGCAGCCUUUCAAUAAAUAAAUAAAUACAUACAUACAUACAUACAUACACCCCACCCCCACCCCAUGUAGUGAAAGAGCCAUGGAGUUUUGGUACCAGUGGCGGAUGGUGUCUCUGAUGUCAGAGGGGCAGUGUAUCCGCUCUGGGUUUCAGUCAGAACUCUAAAGGAACUCAGCACUUUGGAUAGCUUUUUUAGAGCUCUGACU